CCUGCCGGUUGUGAAACCUGUCAGCGAGAGAGUCGUGAUGGAAUAAAGCCUCCUCCCUCUGAUGGCAGCAGCCCGUUUCUCUGCUCCACAAACCGCCGUUUCUUCUCCAGCGAUGCGCAGUUUGAACAUACGAGGAGAGUCUGUGCGUAAAAGUGCGCGCUUCUCCGUGUCGCACCGCGCUCGGCUCCCGUCCUCUCCUCCUCUUCAUCUUCUCCGGGUGUAGAGCUCCCAGCAGCCGCAGCACUUCAAGCCUCCAGACCGGCCGGACAUGGCGGAGCUCCGACCCGCCCGGUGCGGCUCCUCUGCGCGUCUCACGGCCGCGUUUUUGUGCGUUUUUCUGCUCGUUUUCCUCCGCUGCGCCUCCGCGAGUCGUGAUGUUGUUCAUCCAGGCGGAUCCACGCAGGAGGAUUUCCUGCAGCAGCACAGCAACUCCACGGAGCACAGGAAGGCUUUCCCCGUCCUCGCCUUCAACUACGAGCACGUCAGGAAGCCCUUCGAGAUCUCCCUGUGGAUCCUGCUGGCGCUGCUCAUGAAACUUGGUUUCCACAUCAUUCCCAGAGUUUCCCACGUUGUCCCGGAGAGCUGCCUGCUGAUCGUGGUCGGCCUGCUGGUGGGCGGAACCAUCAAAGCCAUGGAGGGAGCCGAGGCCCCGGUGCUCGACUCCAAGCUCUUCUUCCUCUACCUGCUGCCUCCCAUCAUCUUGGACGCCGGCUACUUCCUGCCCAUCCGCCCCUUCACCGAGAACAUGGGCACCAUCCUGGUGUUCGCCGUCCUGGGAACGCUGUGGAACGUGUUCUUCAUGGGCGGGACCAUGUUCGCCGUCUGCCAGAUCGAGGGCGCCGGGCUGGGCGACGUGGACCUGCUGUCCUGCCUGCUGUUCGGCUCCAUCAUAUCGGCCGUGGACCCCGUCGCCGUCCUCGCCGUGUUCGAGGAGAUCCACAUCAACGAGCUGCUGCACAUCCUGGUGUUCGGAGAGUCGCUGCUCAACGACGCCGUCACUGUGGUUCUCUAUCACCUGUUUGAGGAGUUUUCCCACGAAGGGUCCGUUUCCAUCGGCGACGCCCUCCUCGGCGUCGUCUGCUUCUUCGUGGUGUCUCUGGGAGGCAUCAUGGUCGGCUUCAUCUACGGCAUCCUGGGAGCGUUCACCUCCCGCUUCACGUCGCACACUCGGGUCAUCGAGCCGCUCUUCGUCUUCCUCUACAGCUACAUGGCCUACCUGUCGGCCGAGGUCUUCCACCUGUCGGGCAUCAUGUCUUUGAUUGCGUGCGGUGUAAUCAUGCGGCCGUACGUGGAGGCCAACAUCUCCCACAAGUCCUACACCACUGUCAAAUACUUCCUGAAGAUGUGGAGCAGCGUCAGCGAGACGCUCAUCUUCAUCUUCCUCGGCGUCUCCACGGUGGCCGGACCUCACGACUGGAACUGGACCUUCGUCAUCUUCACCGUCUUCCUCUGUCUGGUGUCCAGAGUUCUGGGAGUUAUUGGUCUCACGUCCAUCAUCAAUAAAUUCCGUAUUGUGAAACUGACCAAGAAGGACCAGUUCAUCGUGGCCUACGGCGGCCUGCGAGGCGCCAUCGCCUUCUCGCUGGGCUUCGUGCUGACCGACAGCAAGAUGAAGCACAUGUUCCUCACCGCCAUCAUCACCGUCAUCUUCUUCACUGUGUUCGUGCAGGGAAUGACGAUCAGGCCUCUGGUGGAGCUUCUGGCUGUGAAGAAGAAGAAGGAGAGCAAAGGAUCAAUCAAUGAGGAGAUCCACACACAGUUCCUGGAUCAUCUCCUGACGGGAAUCGAGGACAUCUGUGGUCAUUACGGACAUCAUCACUGGAAGGACAAGCUGAAUCGCUUCAACAAGAAGUACGUGAAGAAGUGUCUGAUCGCCGGCGAGCGCUCCACCGAGCCGCAGCUCAUCUCCUUCUACAACAAGAUGGAGCUGAAACAGGCCAUGAUGCUGGUGGAGAGCGGGAACGCCGCCAAGCUGCCCACCGUCGCGUCCUCCGUCUCCAUGCAAAACAUCCAGCCGAGAGAGCCGCCCCGCCGACGAGUCAUACCGAGCGUCUCCAAGAGCCGUGAGGAGGAGAUCAGGAAGAUCCUGAAAGCGAACCUGCAGAACACGAGGCAGAGGCUUCGCUCGUACAGCCGACACGACCUGAUGAUCGACCCGUUCGAGGACAACGUGAGCGAGGUUCGCCUCAGGAAGCAGCGGGUGGCGAUGGAGAGGAGGAUGAGUCACUACCUCACAGUUCCUGCAAACCGUCAGGAGGCGCCUCCGGUCAGGAAGGUCGGGUUUGAAUCAGAGCAUCAGGUCUUUACGUACGACGACUCUGAGAGUCCCGGAGAUCGAUCUGUUCAGACGAAGCCCAGCUCUGCUGCCGUCAGGCUGCUCAACGAGUCUCCUCAGAGGCCCGAUCAGAGCGACGCCGAGCCCAAACCCAAAGCGCAGGACGACCAGGAGGAGCAGCUGAAGCUUUCACGCUGCCUCAGCGAUCCUGGACCGAACCAGGAGGAGAAGGAGUCCUGAUGAAGCACAUCUACAGCACUUGAAGACUGACGCCGAGCUCUUUGCCUCCACAUGUAGCCUGACGAGGUCAGCCGGUGGAGGGGAGCUGUAGCGAAGCUCGAUAUUUAUCAUUUAAAUCGUUGUUUUUUUGUGAUAUGAGAUUACGCAACUUGUUCUUUUUCA